CCCUCACUCGCCCUGCCAAUGACCAGUGACUCUCACCCCCAGGAGACACCCAUGAAGCAUCACUUCACUUUGCAGAACAACAGUUGAUGAUCCAAAAAAUCAAUUCGCAGCUGCCUUUAGCCAUGAGCUGUUUGGAUGUUAUGUACCAAGUCUAUGGUCCUCCCCAGCCUUACUUUGCAGCAGCCUAUAGUCCUUAUCACCAGAAACUAGCCUUUUACUCGAAAAUGCAGGACGCCCCGGAAAGCGCCAGCACCAGCAGCAGCUCCUUCUCCAGCCAUGCCCCUGCCAGCAUCAAGGAGGAAGACUGCAGCCCCGAGAAGGAGCGCCCCCCCGAGGCCGAGUACAUCAACUCCCGGUGCGUCCUGUUCACCUACUUCCAAGGGGACAUCAGCUCCGUGGUCGAUGAGCACUUCAGCCGGGCCCUUAGCCAGCCCAGCAGCUACUCGCCCAGCGGUGCCAGCGGCAAGACGUCACGGAGCACCAGCUCUUGGAGGGACGGCUCCUUCCCGAUGAGCCAGCGCAGCUUCCCCGCUUCCUUCUGGAACAGCGCGUACCAGCCCUCCUCGGUCCCGGCCUCCCUGAGCAGCAGCCUGGGCAGUCCCCUGGCCGCCGCCGGCCACAGCGAGCUGCCCUUCGCCGGGGCCGACCCCUACUCGCCGGCCGCGCUGCACGGCCACCUGCACCAGGGCGGGCCGGAGCCCUGGCACCACCCGCACCCGCACCCCUACCUGGGCGCGCAGGCCUCCGCCUACCCCCGGCCCGCCGCCAUGCACGAGGUCUACGGCGCCCACUUCGACCCCCGCUACAGCCCGCUGCUGGUGCCCGCCGCCUCGGUCCGCCCGCACCGCCUGCCGCCCGCCUCGGCGCCCGCGCCCGGCAGCCCCCAGUGCGAGCUGGGCAAGAGCGAGCCCGCCAGCGCGGCCUGGGCGGCGCCGGGCCCUUUCCCCAGCCCGGCGGGGGACAUGGCCCAGGGCCUGGGCCUCAAUGUGGACGCAGCUCGCCGUUAUUCCUUCUGUGGUGGAUCUCUCCUGAGCUGAUCUGCUGACUCAAAGACCCCCAAGUCCUCUUCCUCUCCUCCUUCAGACAAGCCCACCACGGCUCAGCAUCUAUGUCAGGCAUUUCAAGGACAAGAACACCAGGAAGGCAAUGGGACUUCAUACUACAGUACUUGGCAUUUCAAAUUCAAUACUUAAGACAUAUUGUGGAGGAUAAAAUUCCUUCUAUUGAAAGAGGAGAGCCAAAGACACUUUUAUUUAAACUAAGUCCACACCCAGAACUGUGGUCAGACUGCUUAAAAAGAGUUAAAUUAUGUGGACAGUGAUGUGAAAUCACUGGCCUUCUUAAGGAAGGGGGAGGGAAAGGUGGGGUUUUUUUGGUGGUGGUGUGAAUAUUUUUUAUGCCAAUGAGAAUUAUUUCUUGAAAGCAGGUUGGGGAGAUACUCAGUGAUUUUGAACUGGAUUUGUACUUUACAUUAUAAAAAAAUGAAAGGAAAGGAAAUUUUAACUCAUGAACACUUUUGGACUGUUAACAAAACCGGACAGAUCUUUCAGCCUGGGGUUAUGAGUGGCAAGUGGCUAGCUUGGGCCACCUGCCCUGGGCUUACAGAAAUGCAGCUGUUCCAGGGACAACUGUUCAAACUCCAGAAACUUGACAACCAAGGUGGCACUUCUCAGAGUUUGGCACAACAAUUGCAUUGGAGAUAUAUAUAUAUAUAUAUAUAAUUUUUUUUACAAGGAAUGUUUUAUGAUGAAAGAAGAAACCCUUAAAAAAUAAACCUGACAGCCUUCAUGGGGAACAACUGGAGCACACCAGAAGGAAAGGCAUAUUGUGGACAAUUGAUAUCCAUUGCCUCUAAUAUUCUCUUUGUCUGUGUGUUGCUGUCAUUCUGUCACUUUAAUAGUAAUUUUUUUGAGG